AUGUCGUCGCCUAUGAUGGGCAGCACUGGUUGUUCCGGAUCCUUCCCAGGAGCUGCGGCAGGGGCAGGAGCGUUUGCAGGUUUGGUGCAGAUUAUGAAAAUAUUAGAAAAAUCUUUUCACGCAGUACACUUUAUUCCCCAUGUCUCCUACCAACUGUUGAGAGCUCUUUCUGAUCCUUCUCUGCCUUCAUGAAUCGGAGAAGUAGCAGUCGAAGUUCCACCUCUAGCGGCAGUUCUCCCGGUUCUAGAGGGCCGUCGCCACGUGGCGCGCCACCUUUCGGUUUACCAUUCGGCAAAGUAGGCUCACCACCUGCAAGCGAUGCUGGUACAAGUGGAGGAGUCCAACAUCAACAGUUAUGAUUUAAUUAUUGCAUUUGACAACAUUCUGACUGUUGAGUACCUGUGGAGGCAACUAAUGUUGGAUUAUUUCUCCCCGUCUUCCGUGUUGUAUCUAGAAUCUUUGAUCUUUCUGUUUCUGACACUUACUCUUUUUACCCAAGUAAAGGGAACCCCCCCUAGUACGAUCACCUCUUAUUUCUUCUUUUCCACAUCUAAGUUGUUCCCUCCUUCUCGGUCCCGCUGGCGCUCAUCCUGCUCCUGGCGUUGUUGCACCUGGAGGUUUUGGAAGCAUACACAGUCCUUUGAGACUGAAAUCUCCACGUGAGUCCUGCGGCUCGAAUAUGUCGGAUGAGGAGCUUCUGACUCACGACAUUGAUGGUCUAGGUCUCGAUUUCAUUGCAACGAACGAUGAAGUGCCUCAACUGUUUGGCGGAGCAGCCUGGAACCUAAACUUGGCUACGCCGUCUGCGUCGGGGACGAUAACGGGCGGCGUCGGAGGGACGUUGGGGCUGCUGGGUCCGCCGCUCGCGGCUGGGGCGGGAGGUACAACUUAAACCAGAAUCUGACUUCAUUCGUCGAUAUGGAUACUACCUUUUCCUUUACUUCUUCACUACUGGCGUUAUUUCUCUAUAAAAGAACAAGCUUCAUAAUAUUACAUGCAGCGAGUGCAAAUCGACAACCCUAUUUCUAUCAGGUGGCUCAACGCUUGUUUCAAGCCCAAAGGGAAGUGAAGGACAAAGCCCAAGAGUAACUCCACCUGCUGGCCGAACGCAGUCAUCACCUAAGGCAGGCACUUGAGAGAUAGGUUACGCAGCCGGCUUUUCAGCUUCAACUGCAUGCGGCGUAAACGGUUGAUGGUGUUGCGGAUCGUCGUGCACCGUCUGCUUGAUCUGUUCACAACGGCAACAGGUCGAAGUGAAUACUUAGAUACGUUUUUUGAUAGAUGAAAAAAAAAGUAGUGAUGAUACUGUGGUCACGUUCACCGAUGUUCUAAUUCUGUGAACUCACAACUUAGUGAGAAGUCUAAGGCUGUUACUUGACGAAUGUUCUGUCCUGUUCCUGAUACAAGAAGUUUGAAAAUUCAAUAUAACAUAAACAUUAUUAUACUUAGUGUCUGAACAUAUAGCAUUCUCGGUAUGACUGUGACAGAUCUAUUUGGUUGGCUGUCAUACUCAUUCUGAAGAAUUACAUAUUAGACAUCUAUCAUACGUUUAAUCAAGUUGCAAAACCAAUCUGAAAUUUUACAUCCUGUUUCAACAGCUUACAACUUUUUGAUAGAGUCUUACAAGUGCUGCUAGAAGCCAACACUUGGUCGUUCGCACAUGGAUAUUCUAGUGCUGACCUCAUGCUACUUGAAAUUUUGAAAGUAAGUGAGAUCUGCCAGUUCCGAUG